UUCUCCAAAUUUUUUUCUUUCCUUGAUCUGUCUUACACAUUUUAGUAUGAUGUAUUAUUACCUCUAGCUUGAAUAGUACUAAUAUAAUUUAAACCUACUGUGUAACCAUUAAAUAAACCAAUGGAUCCUCCUUCAUAUCCGGAUAAAAAUGAAGAUUUCAAUUUUUCGGUGUCUCCUAAAACUCGUAUAUCAUCUCCAUACCUAAAUUUUGAUCCGGCCUAUCUACCCACUUCGCAGCCUGAGUACAUAUUACUAGAGGGAGCAAGCAAACAGCGUGGACGAUUUGAACUGGCUUUUUCUCAAAUAGGAGGUUCUUGUAUGAUUGGAGCAAUGGUUGGAGGAAGUGGUGGCUUCUACAAUGGACUAAAAAACACCUCACUGGCUGGCCAAACUGGAAAGUUACGACGGACUCAAGUACUGAAUCACGUGAUGAAGCAAGGUGCAGCUCGAGCUAAUACUUUGGGCUCAAUAGCUGUCAUGUACAGUGGAUUCGGUGUCAUUCUGGCCUGGCUGAGAGGUACCGAGGAUGAACUCAACACAGUAGCAGCUGCCACCACCACUGGCAUGCUGUUCAGAUCAACAGCUGGCCUAAGAGCCUCGGCGAUUGGAGGAGCAGUUGGUUUGGGUCUUGCCUCACUUUAUUGUCUUUGGACGUCUAGAGACAGAAUAUCAGCCUUCUCGCAGCGGAGUAACAGCUUUCCAUCAUUAAGAGAUAGAUGAGUUUAUAGAUGAGACUAUCGGUUGAUUCAAGUAGAACCACUGCCACGUUCCUGAAAAUCGGCCAAAUUUUUCUGUGAUUUUAGUAAUAUUUUUUUGGAAAAUGUAGUAAGACUGUAAGUAUAAUGAUGAGUAACUGUAGUGGGAAAUUAAAUAAAUUUAAAUCUGUUCAAA